AUGUUUGGCUCCACCGUUUGUGCUACUGCGCCAUCAUCAAAUGUUCUCAUUUUCGGGCGAGCCCUUCUUGGAGUUGGGGCAGCCGGUCUGCUUCAAGGUGCAUUAGCCAUCAUAUCGAAUUCGGUGCCUUUGGGGAAAGUUCCAGUGUACCAAAGCAUUGUCAUCAGCGCCCUGGGCGUGAGCGUCUCAAUAAGUCCGGUUAUAGGCGGAGCCCUAACGCAGUACACCAGCUGGCGUUGGUGCUUUUGGAUCAAUGUGCCAUGCGGCUUCCUUGUGAUUAUCAUGGUUUUUGUCUUCGUCCCCAAGACACAGCAAUCGAACGCACCGAACAGGAGUUUGCCUUUAGGAGAAAAGCUACGACAUAUGGACUUUAUUGGCACAGUGCUGUUCUUGGGUCUUGACAGCUACUACUUCCCAAUAUUCUUUCAAUCCGCUCAAGGAGUCUCUAUUGUGACAAGCGGGGUUCGCUAUCUGUCGUCGAUUAUACCUCAGAUGGUAGCUCUGGCCGUUACAGGUGCUAUUGUAACUAAAUGGGGCUAUUAUGUUCCUUACAUGAUAGCCGGUGUGGCGAUCACAUGUGUCGGGAGUGGUCUGCUCAUAACCAUUGAUGUCUACUCGCCGACUGCUAAAUGGGCUAGUUACCUCGCUGUAACUGGUUUUGGAUUCGGGAUGUGUGGACAGAUCCCCUACAUGGCAGUGCAGGCUGUCCUUGACCCGGUUGAUGUGGCCACUGGCAAUGCCAUUGCGACCUUCGCCUCUCAAUUCGCUGGGGCGCUCGGAAUUGCGAUAGGCCAAAAUCUACUGAUACGUGAGCUGUACAGCGCUGUGCCAAAUUACACGGAGGCCGUGAAACCUGAUCAAGUAGCAGCGGCUGGAGCUACUGGUCUUGGAGCAUUGUCCAACGGCUCGGCCGAAGUCCUUCUAGCUCUGCGUCAGGCUUAUGCAAGCUCUGUCCGCAAAACCCUGAUCCUAUCGCUCGCCGCGGCUUGUAUUGCAUUUCCAGCAUCGUGCGGGAUGGAAUGGUUCAAUAUCAAACAUAUUGCUAAAGAAAGGGAACGUGUUGGAUCUUGCCAAAAAGGCCAAGAUGAGAAGUCACGGAACACUGAGCAAGCACAAAACCAAACACUAGCGUCAGAGAGCGAUGUUGAACGGGAGGCCCAACGUAUUUACUCUUCCUAG